AUGGCUUGCCUAUAUUGCAAAGUCAGAAAGCAGCAAAGAGAUUUGGGCCACGUAAGGAAAGAAUUAGAAGAUGAUGGAGAGAGUGGCUCCAAAAGUCGAGAUAAUGGAAGUUUUUGGAAUAGAGAAAGAGCUGCAAAUAAUGCAAGUAAUGAUGUUACCGAAAGAGGGAGAAGGUUGAGCAAUGAAGAUAGUGGUAGAGUUUCUAACAAAAUGGACGAUGAUAGACAUAGUUUAAUGGAAAUGGAUACACAAGCAUCUGCAUCUGUCACACUACCACCAGCAGUAAUAACCACAGACUCGUCUUGUACAAUACAAUUAGCCUCUAUUCCGCUACAACAACUAUCAAGACCCGUAAUCCAAGAUUUUCCGCCCGCGUUCACAUCUCUCACAAAUAAUUUGUCUACGCCGUCUGCGCCAAUGGCUGCAGAGCUGGUGAGCAAUAGCGAGACCGAUGGAGACGUUAAGAUUGACUUGGCAGGAAACGAGGAAAUGUUCAAAACCGAUGAUACAAACAGAACGAAUAGAUCUAUACCUCGAUUCGAUUCUCGGCGCGAAAUAGACGAAAUUGACGAUCUUGGUUUCUAUUCUGAACUUCCAAUGAUAAGUCCACCGGCAUACACUCCGACGGCUCCCCCAGUAUGUAAUUUACCGCAUUUGCCGAUACCAGAAUAUGAUCGACACAGAAUUCAGGAUAUGGUAUUGUAUACUUCUGCUCCCCCGAGAAGAAGGUUGCAACCUAAUACAAAUCGUGAUGGAGAGAAUGAAUCAACGUAUGCGACUCUGGCAGGUCAUAAUAAUAGUACGUCGACUGCUAACACACGAGAAAGCUCCGGACUCAAUUACCCAAGUCCUCCACCACCAAUACUAACAACCAGAAGGUCUACGGUUGCUCGGUCAAAUACACAAGAUGAUCGGUAG